AUGCAUUCAUUUCUGGUAACGGAGUUGGAGGACGGUGUCUUGAUAGGCUGCUCCCUCAACCAUACCACAGCUGACGGCGAGUCCUUCUGGCACUUCUUCAACUCCUGGUCUGAGCUCAAUGCCGGCCAUGAAACCAUAUCGCGACCGCCAUUGAUGGAGCGAGCCCAGAUCCCCAAGGAGCUCCACCAAGUCCACUUCCCACUUGCCCAAGCCAUAUCCCGGAUCAAGGCCAAGGCCAACAAGCGCUCGAAGCUGCAGAGGGGUGAGAUCUCGUCGUUGCAGGCACUUGUUGGGCUCAUGUGGCGGACCAUAACAUGGGCCCGGAAGCUCCAGGGCGACCAGAUCACUGCCUGCAAGGUUGCAGCCGGGCUUCAAAAGAGGCUGGACCCAACUUUGCCCUGGGAGUACUUCGGCAGUUGCAUGCUAUUCUUGUCGACGGAGGCCAAGGUGGGUGAUCUGCUUGGGCAGGACCUGGGUUGGGCAGCCCGGGCGCUGCAUGAGACCGUGUUGCGGGAAACAGCCAACAUGGGUUGGCAGUGGCUCAUGAACAUACAAUUGUAUGAUGUGAAUGGGUUUGAAUCGAAUGAUGUUAUGGUGGCCAGCUCCCCAUGGUUAGAGAUGUAUGGGAGCGACUUUGGGUGGGGGAAAGGGUUGGCGGUGCUCAGCGGGAGUGCCAAUAAGUUUGAUGGUAGAAUUUCAGGCAUGGAUCUGGAAGUCUGCCUUCUCCCUCAUGUUAUGGCUGCCCUGGAGUUGGAUGAAGAAUUAUUGGAUGCACUCCUUCCAUCUUAUUGA